UCUUCUAUCGACUCGACGUCACGUAAAACUGAUAAAUCCCAACAACCCAUAAAGUCCAUUUUAAACUACAAGAAGUUUCUGGAUUUGUUUCGUUGGCAUUUCAUCAAACACUUUCUAAGCAAUCAUCUAUGAACGUAUAUUGAGCAAAAAAUCGAAGAGAAAUGGGCGAUGUAGCUGAUAAAAUAGCGUAUUUUCAAGCGAUAACAGGUGUAGAAGACGCCGAUUUAUGUACUGAAAUCCUCGCCGCACAUGGUUGGGAUCUCGAACUUGCGAUCUCUGUUUUCACCUCACAAAAUGACCAUUCUGCCCCUGAUAAUCCCGCCUUCGAACCCCCUACCACCUCCAAUCUUACGCCGCCGGUAGAAACAACUGGUCUAAUUGCCGGCGGUAACGGCGGAGCUGCUGCUGCCACCGGACCGCCGGGGAUAGCGUGGAAGAUUAUUACGCUUCCGUUUUCGAUUAUCUCCGGUGGUCUAGGGUUAAUUAGGUGCGGUAGGGUUGGUGUAUGGGCAGCAGGUGGUGUACUUUCGUAUUCGAUGAGAAUGAUAGGUCUGAAUUCGGGGCGUAAUGGUGAAUCCUCUUCGGCUUUGGUAUCUGUAUCUGCAGCAACAGCGGAGGCGAUGAGUUUCGUGGAUGGUUUUGAUAGGGAUUUUGGGAGUAUAAGGCCACAUUUUACUGCUGAAGGUUUUAUGGAUGCUUUACAGAGGUCUAAGCAUGAAUUUAAGCUGCUUUUCGUGUAUUUACAUUCGCCUGAACAUCCUGAUACGCCUAUCUUUUGUGAAAGGACUUUGUGUAAUGAAGCAUUAGUAGCGUUUAUUAACGAGAAUUUUGUUGCUUGGGGAGGGAGUAUUAGAGCUAGUGAAGGUUUUAAGAUGAGUAAUAGCUUGAAGGCGUCAAAGUUUCCUUUUUGUGCUGUUGUAAUGGCUGCGACGAACCAAAGGAUUGCUCUGCUUCAGCAGGUUGAGGGGCCAAAAUCUCCUGAAGAACUGCUAACUGCACUGCAAAGGGUGCUCGAGGAAAGUGCACCUGUGCUUGUUUCUGCCAGGCUUGAAGCAGAAGAAAGAAGAAAUAACAUCCGAUUAAGGGAGGAACAGGAUGCCGCUUAUCGUGCUGCAUUAGAGGCUGAUCAGGCUAGAGAGCGCCAGAGAAUAGAAGAGCAAGAGCGGCAGGAAAGAGAAGCUGCUGAAGCUGAAAGGAAAAGAAAGGAAGAAGAAGAGGCACGUGAAAGAGCAGCCCGUGAAGCUGCUGAAAGAGAAGCUGCAUUGGCUAAAUCGCGCGAGGAGAAAUUGCAGUCGCUGGGCCCUGAACCUGAAAAGGGUCCUGAUGUUACACAAGUUUUGGUUAGGUUUCCUACUGGUGAGCGCAAAGAGAGAAGAUUUCAAUGUAGUACUACUAUACAAUCUCUGUAUGACUAUGUUGAUUCUCUUGGAUGCCUGGAGGUUGAAAAGUACAGCCUCGUGUCCAACUUCCCUCGCACCGUCUAUGGCUCAGAGAAGCUCGCUCUGUCCCUUAAAGAUACUGGAUUACACCCUCAGGCCAGUCUUUUCGUUGAGUUGAACUCAUGAGAACGACUUGCUGAACGAUGGGAUGUCUUGAGCUUGAGAUAAUAACUUUUGUUGAAAAUGUUUGCAUGUCAACUAGAAUUGGGAAAUGAAUUCAAUAGAUGCACUUUUGU